ACCUCAAGUCAAAGAUAUUGGGCACCUAUAAUAGGCAGGUACUCAAGUUCUCACUCCUAGUGAACUCCAGUGUGUUAAUUAAUAUAGCAUAAGAUUUAGUUAAAGUGCAAGUGCAUGAGUGCAUACUGAUACUAAUACGCUAACCUGGUGCAUUAAUUCCAGGCGAGUUAGGUCUGAAGUUGCUCUGCAGAACAAGUGUUUAUGUGUUGGUGUCAUAAAUCUCCUUAAUCCAAUUUGAUAUCCAGCUGAUAGUGAAAUGACCUUGAUUGUACAAUAAUCGAUUUUCAUCUAAUAUUUUAGACAAGAAAGCCGAAAAACUAUCCUGGGGAAUUAAGAUAAAAGUGUUGCGCUAUACAGAGAAAUGAUGGAUGGAAUACCAACAGACUCCAGAUUAAUUGUAGACAUAAGCGAUGGGCCCAUAUGUGGUUACAUAGACAGACAAGAUGAGAGACCACAAUACAAAUUUAAGAGUAUUCCUUAUGCUAAGCCCCCACUCGGAAAUCUGCGGUUUAUGCCACCAAUUCCUCCAAAACCAUGGACAAAUCUACUGGAUUGCACAAAAGACGCGUCACCACCACUUUGCCUUAGUGUGGAUGAAAAAGUUAUUGGAUGUGAGGACUGUCUCUACAUUGAAGUACACUCACCAAAUCUAACACCUGAAAAGUUAAUGCCUGUUAUGUUUUGGAUGGGAAGUUACAAUUACAUGUUUUAUAUUGACAACAACUGUGAUCCAACACUCAUUGUGGACCAAGAUAUCGUUUUCGUGAGAUGCAGCUCGAGAUUGGGACCGUUUGGUUUUCUGUCAAUACACGAUAUCUCUGCCCCUGGUAAUGUUGGCUUAAAAGACAUAGUUAUGGCUCUGAAAUGGAUUCAAAGAAACAUUCGAAUAUUCGGAGGCGAUCCCACGAAUGUCACGCUGUUCGGAAGCGGAACAGGCGGUUCUAUGGUCCAUUUUAUGAUGUUAUCACCCAUGGCUACCGGAUUGUUUCACAAAGCUAUCAUGCAAAGUUCCUCUGCACUUAACAGGUGGGCCUUAGCGAAAAACCCUUCGCAAGCGGUCCUACAACUAGCCGAACAGUUAGGUAUAAAUAAAACUAAUAAUUAUGAUAUAGUAGAAGAAUUACGAUUGAUACCAGCGUAUGACAUAAUGGAAGCAUAUACGCAAUUAUCUAUGGGUACGUUGAAAUGCGAAGACUCUUUCGACGCUUUGUUCAAGCCAUGUGUCGAGGAAGAAUUCGAAGGUCAGCCUGUAUUCCUCAACAAGAGCCCUGCUGUGCUGAUUAAGUCGGGAAACUUUAACAAAGUACCUUUUAUAAUAGGUAGCAAUAAUAUUGAGGCUUCCGUAAUGCAAUAUAUAAGAGAAGAUUUCUAUGCAGACUUCGAAAAGUUCAAUAAAGACGUUACGCUUCUUGUACCGAGAUCACUCGCACUGGACGAAAUAUACUCAAACAAAAUUGGACGGCAACUUUUGAACUUUUACUUCAGAGAAACAAAGACACUUAACGAACACACGCGCACUCAAUAUUUACAGUUGCUAAGUGACUGUUACUUCCUCUACUACGUUAACAAGACCGUUCAAUUUCAUAGUCAAUUUAUCUCAGAAUGUCCUGUCUAUUACUACAUCGUGAAUUACGCUGGCGAAUGGUGUGUGCCCAAACAACUAGACUUCUUCAAUUCAAAUGGGCAUUCGGCUGAAGUUGCAUUCCUAUUCCGUAUAAAGCCGCCGGAUUUACCGCAUUGCGAAGGAAGCCGCGAUUCUGUCACCACCAGAAAAAGAGUUAUCAGAAUGUGGACAAACUUUGCUAAAUACGGGAACCCCACGCCAGAUGAAAACGAUCCAUUGCUGCAAAUAACAUGGGACCCCGUACAUGACGAUAAAACAUUGAAUUAUCUAAGCAUAGGAUCAGAAUUAACUAAAGGAAGGAAUCCCUUCUACGAGAGGAUGACAUUCUGGGAAAAAAUGCACGAAGAACACUUAUUCCUCAGAACAUUAGUGUAUUUUAACGAUAUUGGUGUGCAAUGGUAAGGAUUAUUAAGAACGUAAGAAAAUUUUCCGCCAAUAUUAACUUAAUCGCAUAAAAAUGAGUAGGGUAGAUAAACUAGCUAAAAACCCUUCCUAUAACCCGCGCCAUUAAAGAAUAGAUUUUAUAGCACGACAUCGGCCGCUUUUUAUAAAUAUAUUCUUUAAUAGCACGUAAUAACUAAAAAAGAGUUUCGUCAAUGAAAUCCAUAUAUUUUUCUCAUUACGUUAAUUAUGAUAAUAAAUACAGAAUAUAUAUUAGUAUAUUUCUAAAUAGAAAGUAAAUUAGAUGUCUGUGGGGAUACACCCCACAGUUAACAAAAAGGUGUAAGCGACAUGUCGUUUGCCGUGACGGCAUACGAUUGCCGGCCGAUUUUACAAACAAACCAUGAGGAAUAAUGAUUAUAAAAAAUUAAGAAGGAAAUAAUAAAUCGUUUAUGCAUUCCAGACGGCAAAUUUCAAAGUAACAUUGAAAACAAAGAUAGCCAAAGAAAUGUUUUUCUAAUAUAUAAUUUGUAAGACUUUUAAAAUCUUUUACUUUAUUGGUGAGGCCCGUAUUAACCAACCGUAAUAGCUGCGAACAAAUUGUUGGUUCGUAACGACAAUCCUUUAAUAUUAUUUUCACAGAAUGACUCCAAUUAACAGUAGUAAUAGUCCAAAAAAAAAUGGAGGAAAUUACGAGGUUCUAAGUUUUAACCACUUAAUUAGGAUUAAAAACUUUACUUUAUAUAACGUAAAUUCUUGUAUUGUUAUUUUUUUUUUUUGUUAAAGCAAAAUUCAGUGGAAAUAAUAUCGAUAUAUUGAAGUAUAUGUGAUAAACUCUCGUUCUCAAUUAAAUUUUGGUUUAUUAAUACAGGCCUUUGUAGAAGUUCGUAAUUACGCUGUAUGUUAGCACAAAAAUUUUCUUACUGUCUUAAUUUUCCAAAGAAAAUUUAUUUUGUAUAAGCUAAUAAUAACGAAGGUUUUAAUUAUUUGUACGUAUAGGUACCAUUAUAUUUUGUAAGCAUAUCUUUUUGUGCCAUAAUAUGUAAAUAAUUAUUUUUUUAUACAAUAUCUAUAAUACCUAAGUGAAUUUUUAUGUACAAGUUUUUAAAUAAUAAUUAUAUGCGUAUAUGCGCGUUAUCAAGUUAUGAGCACGACCAGCUUUAGUUACAAUAAUUACUUAUAUUAAGCAUUAUUGCAUUUGAAAUUAUAU